UCCCUGUGCUUGCGGAAGUAGCAUGAAGCUAAAGGAUCUCGGAAACGACGCCCUUGUCUUCUGGCUAAUUUAAUUAAGACUAACUUAUAAGCGUAGUAGGAAGUGUUUUCGUGUGUGUGUUUUAUUUGGUAUAGUGGGAGAAGGAACAACAUGUAAGACUAAUAUCGGUUACUUGCUUAGCUGUGCUGGCUAGCUUGCGACCAGUGUUGUUUUGGUCGAAAAGGCUGGAAACACUGGUACAGAAAACACUGGUCUGCUGUGAUACUUCAUGGAGACACAAAAAGCUGUUUUUCCAUGACAGAUUCAUAAGCGCAUUGUUCCAACUGUAAGGUUUUUGCCCGAUUCAGCAACUUCACGAUGCAUGACGCGUAUGAACCAGUGCCUAUUUUGGAAAAACUUCCUCUCCAGAUUGACUGUCUUGCAGCCUGGGAGGACUGGCUUCUUGUAGGAACAAAGCCUGGGCAUCUUCUCCUCUAUAGAAUAAAGAAAGAUUCAGGAACUAAUAGGUUUGAAGUGACACUGGAAAAAUCGAACAAGAACUUCUCAAAGAAGAUUCAGCAGCUGUAUGUUGUUUCACAGUAUAAAAUUCUCAUCAGCCUUUUGGAAAACAACAUCCAUGUCCAUGACCUCUUGACCUUCCAGCAGAUCACCGUUGUGUCCAAAGCCAGAGGAGCCACGCUUUUUGUGUGCGACCUGCAGCAAGCUAGCACCGGAGAGGAAAGAUUAAGAAUGUGUGUUGCAGUCAGAAAGAAACUACAGCUGUAUUACUGGAGGGAUAGAGAGUUCCAUGAACUGCAGGGGGACAUUGGUGCACCAGAUAUUCCAAAGGCUAUGGCUUGGUGUGAAAAUUCCAUUUGUGUUGGGUUCAAACGAGAUUAUUACCUUAUUCGGAUGGAUGGUCGUGGCUCCAUCAAGGAGCUCUUUCCUACUGGGAAACAGCUGGAGCCUCUGGUUUCCCCACUGGCAGACGGGAAGGUGGCUGUUGGUCAAGAUGACCUAACGGUGGUACUCAAUGAAGAGGGUGUUUGCACCCAGAAGUGUGCUCUAAACUGGACAGACAUCCCUAUAGCCAUGGGUAAGAAAGCAACAUAA